AUGACUUCUCAUUCAUCACCUCCUGAAAUUGAUAUCAAAGCUGAGUAUUGUCCGGAAGCUGUGAUUGAGUGGCACCGGUUAUCAGGUUUAGAAGAUCGCAAAGAAAGUCUCAGUAGAAAGGAUUUGGCUUUGAAAGCAAAACAACAUCUCUUUUAUUUAAAGUGGAAGUUUUGGCAUGUUAACAAAAAGGGUAAGUGGGAAUUGCGUUAUACUUCGCCUGUAAAUGGAAAAAAUUAUAUAUCUCUUAGGAAGGCAUGUGAGAGUUGUAUUGAAGAUGGGGGUUGUUCUACCAUACCCUCUUCAUCUUCAACAACGGUACAAGUACCAUCUACAAUAAUUUCGUCUCCAGAGAGACCAAAAGAUUUUGGCGAAACUGAUCAAUCAAUUUUUAAUGAGGAUUCUGGGGACUUUACUCUUCAAAAAUGCAAUGUUACUACAAUUGAUGGGGGCUAUUCAACCAUACACUCUUCAACAAUCGUGCAAGUACCAUUAACUACAACUUUCAAUAAUGAUUCUCAAGUGUUUAGUUUGAGUUCUCUUCAAAAACAUAAUGAUACUACAAUUUCUGAAGAUGGAGGUCGUCCUAUCAUACACUCUCCAACAACAAUGCAACCACCAUCAGUAACAAUUUCUUCGUCUCCUUUAAAUUUGAAAAAGCGGCCGAGAGAUUUUGGAGAAAUCGAUCAAUCAACUUUCAAUGAGUAUUCUAAAGCCUUUAGUUCGUAUUCUCAAAAUUGUAAUGUUACAGCAAUUUCAACAUCAAAGAUAAAUGAACAUGUGAGUACUUCUAAAUCAGAAGUUACUAAAUCACAACGUCCGUAUAAAAGACAAAAGAUAUCAAAUAUGAGUACAAUGGAUAAAAAUUUAGAGGAUUGUGAUCAAAAUGAAAAAGUACUAAAUAUGAGUAUUUUGGAGGAUAAUUCAGAAGUCUUUGAAAAAAGAGAAGAGGUACUAAACAUGAGUACUAGAGAAGGAUGCACAUUUAUUUCUUCGUUGGUAAAGAAUCGAGUUUUGGUUCCAGGGACUAACGUGUUCUGUCGUGGUAGUAACAAUAUUGUUAAAAUUGGGAGUAUAGUUUUUGAUGGUAUUAGUUGUCAUUGUUGUCAAGUUAAUUUCAAUAUUACUGAGUUUGAGACGCAUGCUGGUUGCACAAGAAAUAGUCCGCCCAUUAGUAUUAUGUUGGAAGACGGAAGAUCAAUGUUGGAAUGUCAAAAAGUAACUCUGAAUUUGAAUUUGCAUGAUUGA